CCCUAUCUGUACCUUCCUCGUUCGCCGGACACCCGAAUGCACAGAGCGAAGCAGAGCGCAGAGAGAGAGAGAGAGAGAUGGGGUUCCGGAGGAUGACGGGUUCGUCGUCGUCGUCGUCCCGGUCGGGCGACCCGGGUGCCUCCACCAGCGGCAGCGCGGAGUCGCCGCGGCGGUUCCCGCCGGCGGCUCAGCCGGAGAUAAUGAGAGCCGCCGAGAAGGACGACCAGUACUCCUCCUUCCUUUACGACGCUUGCCGCGACGCCAUUCGCCACCUCUUUGGCACUAGAGUCGCUGUGGCUUAUCAAAGCGAGACGCACCUUCUCGGGCAAAUGCUUUACUAUGUGUUGACGACUGGUUCGGGGCAGCAGACGUUGGGCGAAGAGUAUUGCGACAUCACUCAGGUAGCUGGGCCUUAUGGGCUUCCUCCGACACCGGCAAGGCGCGCCCUUUUUAUCAUAUAUCAGACUGCAUUUCCUUAUCUUGCAGAAAGAAUGAGUUCUAGAGUUGCUUCACGUGGAAUCGUGCUGGCCGAGGCACAAUCUAAUGAACUGUAUGAUAAUACUGCUUUUGAGAAUAAUCAAGGUCAAACUUCCGUAGCUACUGGUAAUCCCUCUUCCUCUGUGUCACGGGGAAAUGGAUCUGUUUUCGCAAGGUGGAAGAGGAGAUUAGUUACGCUGUGGCUGGAUGCUGUCCAGAGGUGGCCUUCGGUGCUUCCUGUAGCUCGAGAGUUUUUGCAGCUGGUCAUUCGAACUAACCUCAUGUUCUUCUACUUUGAAGGCUUGUAUUAUCACAUAUCAAAACGAGCAGUGGGCAUCAGAUAUGUGUUCAUUGGUAAACCAUCCAAUCAAAGGCCUAGAUACCAAAUAUUGGGCAUAUUUCUUUUGAUACAGCUUUGCAUACUUGCUGCUGAAGUACUAAGGCGCAGCAAUUUGUCAUCCAUUGCGAGUUCAGUUCAUCAUACAUCAUUACGAACACACCAAACUUCAUCAGGGAGAGGUUUGCCUGUACUGAAUGAGGAGGGCAAUGUGAUAUCACUCGAUCAUGAUAAAGGAAGUUGGCUCACAGAUUCUUCGACUACAGGGCCUCAGGGAGUGACUGCGACAAGUAAAUGUACAUUGUGCCUCAGCCAUCGCCAAUACCCAACGGCCACACCUUGUGGUCAUGUAUUCUGCUGGAAUUGCAUUAUGGAAUGGUGCAACGAAAAGCCCGAAUGCCCUCUCUGCCGCACUCCUAUCACUCACUCGAGCUUAGUCUGUCUGUAUCAUUCGGACUUUUAGUCCAUUUGAACUGUAUUUUAAUCUUUAGCUGGUGGAAAGUAUAAGAAAGAAGCAAAGCAAAUUUGCCUCGGCAGUACAUAGGUGGCGAGCGGUGAAUUUCUUGUGUCCAUGUCUCAGAUUAAAUGCUAUAAUUCCAUCCCCCUAAGCUGCUGACCGUGGCCAUUAGAGCUGGGAGCCAUCAAUUUUCUCAACAUGUAACUUUGGUCUCCCUUUUCAUACUUAUCUUAGGAAAAAUGUUCGGAUGUUGUACAUUUAGUUAUUUAAAGUUUCACCAAAAGGACUUCAUCCAAGUCUCUAUUUGAA